AUGUAUGUGAAAUGGUUUGAACAGUAAUGUUUUACUAUGUGAUUUUAGUGUAUUUAGUGAAUGUCCCUUUUUGACAUUUUUAAAUUUCCCACCAGUUGCGUCCCCGUAUGUCCCGACAUCGCAGGAAGACAAAUGCCGGCAUCCGCUGGAUUACAUUGCCGUGGACACUGCAGGGAGGACAUCGUGGGAGCGCAGGACAAGGUAAGUGAUCGAGGGAUCCCGGAGCAACGCUGCAGGGUAUUUCCGAGUGUAGCUUGGGGUUACCGCUUGUGCUACACUCGGGAAUACCGCCAGGGAGGUUAACUAA